AUGGUGAAUGACAACAAGUUCAUUCAGCGCCUUCCUAGGUGGGAAGCUAGUGUCUGUGUUGGCGCUGUAUUGAUCGCCUUGGCUUUCUCUGAGUAUCUCGUCCCAAGAAAAGUCAUUUCGCUGAGCACCGAUCUCAGUUACUACGAGGCUGCUGAUUCCUGGUCCUCCGUAGCAGCUGGGGCAAUGGACGUCCUUUUGAGCAUCAUGAUUUAUGAGAGGUUCCCUUUCAGAGUUUACGUAUACGACUAUCUAUACGACAACUACGCUCUUUACAACCUUGAUCUCGCAUGUACGGCACUUCGACAAGGAUAUCUACAGCAGACUGUCAGUUGGGUGUUUUAUCUACCUCUGGCCAUCCUAGGUGUGCCUACGGACCUCUCCAUGACCUACCGUACAUGGAACAUCAUACACAACAACACAUUACUUAGGAAAUCCCUGGAGAAAACUUAA